AUACACCAUAAAUUUUCACUUUUAUUUUUAAUAAUCCAACCAAGAUGUAUUAUUGUGGCCAGGGGCAGGGAUGCACAAUAAAAUUAAAAGUAUUUCCUCUGUUUUUUUCGUAAAAAAAUAAAAUUUUAAGUGUAAUUUUAUCAAAUGUGUCAAAUUGGAUCGACCCGGCCCGCCCCGUACCCAGUACAAGUAUUACUAGGGGUGGCAGUCGGUCGGUUUCGGUUUAACUGAAAACCAAAAACCCGGUUAUCGGUUAAACCGAGCCACCACCUAUAACUGCCGACCACCGACAGAAGAGAGGUCACGGUUAGUCGGCCAACCGACCGGUCGGUUCCGGGUUUAGGCUCGGUUAGCCGGCCAACCGAAAAAAUACAUUUUCCAAAAAAAAAAACUAAAAAUUAAUUAAAAUAAACAGAAAAAUCUCCACCACUCCUUCCUUAUCUCCUCCUCUCUCCUUCCUUUCUCCACCAGACCUCCUCUCUCCUUCCUUCUUCUUCUAUCACCUUCUUUCUCCAUGGAAAGAGAUCUGCAGGGGGCGGCGACGGGCGGCGAGGAGGUCGUCGAGGCGGCUUCUUCACCGCGAGCGCGCCGGUGAGUUGCUGCUGGAGUUGAUGGUGGUGUUGGUGUUGGCGGCGCCGCGGCGGGGCGACGAGCUGCUGGAGUGCUGGUGUUGGCGGCACCGCGGCGGGGGCGACGAGCUGCUGUUGGAGGCGGCGAGGUGGAGGGGGAAGGGGAAGGUCGACUACGAGGGUGGAGGGAGGAAGGGGAAGGGGAAGGGGAAGGUCGACUGCGAGGUGGAGGGAGGAAGGGGAAGAGGUCGGGGUCGAGGAAGGUUGGAGGCGGCGAGGUGGAGGGGGAAGGGGAAGGGGAAGGUCGUCUGCGAGGGUGGAGGGAGGAAGGGGAAGGGGUCGGGGAAGGGGUUGACUGCAAGGGUUGGGGAUCAGAUUUGGGGAGCUAGGGUUAUUGCAAGUGGGGUCGGCGUCGUUUUGGGGGAGGGGGCGUUCGGUUGGCCGGUUAACCGCCAGUUUCCGACCCCGGUUAGUCGGCUAGCCGAACCCCUACCCUUUCCCACCGUCAACCGACCGUUGUCAUUGGAGUCGGUUUUUCGGUUAGCCGAAAACCGAUCGGUUCGGUUGAAACCGUCCGGUUAACUGCUAAUCGGAAAACCGUCCGCCAACCCUAAGUAUUACCUUCCCCCUCCACCUCGCCGCCUCCAACAGCAGCUCGUCGCCGCCGCCGCGGCGCCGCCAACACUAGCACUCCAGCAGCUUGUCGCCCACCGCGGCGCCGCCAACACCAACACCACCAUCAACUCCAGCAGCAACUCACCGGCGCGCUCGCGGUGAAGAAGCCGCCUCGACGACCUCCUCGCCGCCCGUCGCCGCCCCUGCAGAUCUCUUUCCAUGGAGAAAGAAGGUGAGAGAAGAAGAAGGAAGGAGAGAUGAGGUCUGGUGGAGGAAGGAAGGAGAGAGGAGAUAAGGAAGGAGUGGUGGAGAUUUUUCUGUUUAUUUUAAUUAAUUUUUAGUUUUUUUUUUUUUUGGAAAAUGUAUUUUUUCAGUUGGUCGGCUAACCGAGCUUAAACCCUGAACCGACCGGUCGGUUGGCCGGCUAACCGUGACCUCUCUUCGGUCGGUGGUCGGCAGUUAUAGAGGAUGUCUCGGUUUAACCGAUAACCGGUUUUCGAUUUUCGGUUAAACCGAAACCGACCGAUUACCACCCCUAUCUCCACCCAUAAUAGCAUGAAACGGGACAUGGGUAUUGAGAUUCCCGCCCCGUCCCGCACCGUUGUCAUCACUAACUUUGUGUGUGUAUGUGGAAUCUGGAUCUUUCUUUCCGCCUGCCCUAUUAGUGUCGCGUCAAAUAUUAUUUGUUAUUAUUUUUUACUUAUAAAAAGCCAAGAUUAUGUAAUAUUGCCACCUGUCGAGGAAAAGACUUCUUUAUUUACAGUUUUGCCAUUCUUCCACGUUGCUUUAUAGUAGGUGGAGAUAAAGGACAAAGGGCAGCUGUCUCUGUCUGCCCGAAGCCCAUUUCACCAAAUCAAUUUGCCAAUUUGGCUACUCUACUACUCGUCCAUUCAAUUUUUGUUUCCAAAUCAUACAUUUUAUAAACUUAACCCGAUCCAUAAUUAAUGCUCGUGCAUGUGCAGUAUCACUUUAGCAGCCCUUAAAAAAAAAAGAUACAGAAAGGUGCUUUCUACACUACUUUAUUAUUAUUAUUAUUAUCUGAAUUUAACAGAUCAAGACCAAAUUUGAAAUUCUCCAGCCUUGCUGUUCUUACCUUCUCUCGUCUGAAUUAUCUCCAAGGAUGUAAGCUUUGUGAACUCCAUAGUUACGAAGAUUGAACUAACUAACACAAUUCUCCCGUUAAAUUUAUUUAACAAAACGACACCUACUAAUUCCACUGAUUAGAAUUUCAUCGAUUCAAAUUCCGCCUAUUUCAAUAUUCUCUCGUAUUUUUAAAAUCACUCCAUCCAGAUAACUCAUAAGUUCUAAUUAAAACCAGAGAAUUACAAUUUGUGCUCGUUUUGAAUAUAUUUCCCCCACAGAGAGCUUUUUUUUACGGUAAUUAAUCUGUAUUCAGCCAACCAAUAAACAGAGUUUAGUAAUGAAGAGUGUCAAGAACCACUUGAUCCCAAUAACUCGAAUUAUUAGAAGAGGUUCAAUAGUGGAUCAUAUACCACAACACUAACAGGAUCUCACAUUCACCGUCACAGACAGAGACAGGGGAUGAUUACUGAUCGAGGUAAAGCUAAUUAUUGGCUGCUGCAAUCGGAAUUGAAAAAUUACGUACCUUGGAAGCGUCGGGCUUGAUUUGAGUGCCGGGGAGAAGUUUGGGCAGAUCUCUGAGUCUCUGAGAGAAGGAGGCGGCGGAAUCGGCCGCCACCUCCGUCGAAAGGCUACUCAGCAGCAGCGGCUGCUGGCGGUGGCGGGAAGUAAGUAGAGGCGCUGAUCGUUUCCUCAGGAAGCUCCUUAAAGCAGACGCCAUUGAUGGAGGAGCCGAGGGAAAGAGCUUUCUUAAGCGAGCUAAUUUGGUUGUUUUGGCAGACGAAAAAUGCAAGUGAAGUGAGUGUGUGUGGGCGAGAGCCUCUCCUUUAAAUAAAAAAACAGCUUUUCG